UAAAACGAAGUUAGAAAAUAAGAAAACAAGAAAAGAAACCAGCUGACGAAGGGCAGUACAAUAUUCUUGAUUUUGAAGUGCAUGACUCGCAUUGGAAGAUGGUCUCAACAGGGAAGUUAGUCUUUUUGCCAUGCUGGAGCCCAAAGAACGUAUUCAUGUUAUGGAAGUCAUUCCUGUUGGUGUUUCUGCUAAAAUGUGAUGUUUCUUUAGGGAAAAUAGAUACAUCCAUUGAUUGCAUGGAUGGAGGAUACCCUGGGAGGAGUACCAAUUUAACCUGCACAUUGACUGGGACUGUGAUGUAUAAUGGUAUCUACUGGUUACGACCUAGUGCUCCAGAACAAGUUUCACAUUGUAACACUGAUAAUACUCAAUGUUUGACAGAUGUGCCUGGUUACACAUCUGUCAUUAACUCGCCUACACAGAUUACUCUCAUCAUAACAUCUUUCAACACUGCAACAGAUGCUGGAGAGUGGAGGUGUAUUGACGGACUAGAUGAUAAAGGCCUGUCUUCUUGUAACCUGACUGUACAACGCGGCCCAGUUCGUGGCAGUAUUACAUUCAGUUCUACUAUAAGAGUGGAAGAAGGAGAAGAUCUGACUGUGAACUGCAGUGUUGACUGUAACCCGCCGUGUAACUACUCCUGGAUACUGGAUAAUGAAGAAAUCACAUCAAGGCCUCUGUUAAGACUGAAAGACGUCAACACGAAUCACGACGAGAAUGUGUACGAGUGUACAGUGACAAACGUUGCUCUACUUACAUCAAUAAGUAAAAUAUUUAUGCUGACAGUCACUGAUGCAGAAAACAUGUCUGCCUUUACUGCCGGUAUUUUAUCAGGACUUAUGAUCGCUAUCGUACUGUCUGUUACUUGUACCGUGUGUUGGGUACUUUACAAGAGAAAAAAACUAAAGAAAGAAAAUGAUGAUGGGCUGAAUGAAUGUACAACUAAAGAAACGUAAGCGUAACUAGUGCCCGAAUAUGGAAGACAAAAUGAGGCUAACCCUAUAACUCCACAGUGUUUAUCAUUUGGUUAUCACGAAACAAGCUCAAGAUGGUUUACGGUUGUUCUGGUUUUGCUUUGUGUGUGUGUGUGUGUGUUCUCCAGUAUUUUUCAUUUCGUCGUUUCUUCAAAUAACAUUGUAGCUCAAAUUACACUACAGUUCAAGUAUCAUAGUAUUUCACUAAUCUUACUUGGUUAAAAAUAACUAUAGUGUGAUUGCAUCAAACGGUAACUGAUGAAUUGGCAUUAAACUGUUGAAUGAAUAAUGUUAAAACUUAUAUAAACAUUAGUAAUUUUAAAAUCAAGGUUUCUCUCAUAACAUUUUACUCCCCCCCCCCCCCAAAAAAAAAACCCCAAAAAAAACAACAACAACAACAA